AUGUCCUCCGCAGAGAACCAACAGCAUGCUUUUCCGGCUGCGCCUCCUUCUCUAUCCGCUGGCGACCAUGAGAUGCGGAACUACUACGCUACGCAAGAUGUACCACGACCGUCCUCCGAUCAAACAUCAUACCUAACACCAUACCUUGGUCCUCGAGCUAGGCUCUCGCAGGUUUGGAUCAACCGCUGGACAAUUCUGAUCCUUCUCGUCCUGAUACGGGCACUACUCGCCAUCGGAAGUGUAAACACCAACUUAACUUCCGCAAAAAGAGAAGCUCUCUCUGCUUGCACUGGCGUGGAAAAUGUCGGAAGCGCUAUGGCGAGCAUGCCUCAUUACAUGUCGUCUGGGGUGAAUGAACUCACCGCAUCUGGAAUCGAGAAGGCCAUCAACGGGCUGAUGUCAAUGCUUCUUCUCAGUGUCACCGUCCUCGAGGAGGUGUUUGUAUUCUACAUCAACCUCCUCACCUCUACCUACAUCUGUCUAUUCACCUUUGCCGUUGGUGGCAGCUUACACGUUGCCAUUAAUGUUGCAGAAGACGUUAGAGAUUUUCUGAGCUCCACCGCCAAGGGUGUAGGCACCGAACUCGGUGAUGCUGUCGAAGACUUUCANAAAGCCAUGAACAAGUUUACUGGCGCGAUUGAGGAUGUUGGCGGCUUUUUCACUGGAAAAAAUGUCAACGUUCCGGACAUCGACCUGAACUCAUCAAUCGCCAAACUAGACUCACUGCAACUUCCUUCUGGAUACGACAAAGGGCUGGAUAAACUGAACGACUCCAUUCCGACAUUUGCUGAAGUCCACAAUGCAACAAACACGGCACUUCGCUUCCCCUUCGAAGGGGUCAAGCAACUGCUCAAUGAAUCUAUGGGCAAGUACACCAUGGAUCGAUCAUUGUUUCGUGUCCCACCAAAGGAAAAGCUCACGUUCUGCUCCGACGACGAUGGCAUCAACGAUUUCUUUGAUGACCUCGCGGACGUCAUAACGCUUGCCAAGAAGGGUUUCCUUUCAGUCCUCAUCAUUGCUGCAAUUCUCGCCUGUGUCCCCAUGGCCUACCGAGAGAUCCGUCGCUGGCGUUUACAAGAAGAACGAGCAAGAGCUAUCAAGCAUAUCAACGACCCCAUGGACGCUGUCUACAUUGUCUCACGUCCAUACACGGCCGACUUUGGUGUCAAAGUUUCGAACAACUUUUCAUCAAUCCGUGCGCGGACACUUGUGAGGUGGUCAGUUGCAUAUGCUACAACCACACCAGCGUUGUUCGUUCUUUGCCUUGCAAUUGCCGGACUUCUUGGUUGCCUCUGUCAAUACAUAUUACUCCAGGCGAUCAANAAAGAAGUCCCAGAGCUUACCCAGAAAGUGGAUGCUUUCGCUGACAAGGUGCAAUGGUCACUCAACAAUGCUUCCCUAGCGUGGGCUGUUGAGACCAACCACGUCAUCAAUACGACAAACACCAAAAUCAACGAAGACAUCUUUGGCUGGGUCAAUACCACGACUGGGGCAGUCAACAACACUCUCAACCUUUUUGUCGAUGGGAUGAAUGAUGCGAUCAACGCUACUUUUGGUGGCACGAUCCUUGAAAAUCCUGUUCAAGAAGUGGUGAAUUGCUUGAUCACACUCAAGAUCGAAGGCAUUCAAAAAGCCUUGACCUGGGUCAGUGAUCAUGCUCAUGUUGACUUCCCAAUGGUCAGAAACGACACUUUCUCUCUUGGAACCAUGGACAAGAUCAACGACACAUCUUCGGGCAACAGCUCAAUGCUUGCUGAACCAGACACUAUCAAUGCAGGCGACCAGAUUUCUCGCGCUGUCCUGUUUGUUGUUCGUAACCUGGAAAAGGCUGUGAGACAAGAAGCCAUCAUUUCAACCUGCGUGUUGAUCAUCUGGGUGCUGAUUGUGCUCAUCGGACUCAUCAGAGCUGGUUACAUGCUGGCUCACGCUGGCAAGGAAACAGCACCAGCCGAUCAGUACCCUCGAGAGCUCAAGAGCAUGCCGCCGCAGAGCUUCUCUGCGACACAUGCUUCACGCACCAGCUUCUCUCGCAGAAGUUCUUCGAUCUCCUCGCGAGUGCCCACCUACGAACAAGCAACCAGCGCUACGACUGUAGAAACGAGCGACAAUUCAGCAAAUCGUCUUAAUGGCCAAUCAUACACCCUUUCGCCUCGCAAAUUCCAACUCUCCGACUAUCCCGGCGUCACGUCACCCAUCUUGAGUUCUGGCUUUAGCCCGAGCGAAAAGGUUGGGUUUGUUGGCGCUCAGAAUGUCGAAGCUGCAACACGACGACCUACACACAUUCGUGCCAGCAGUCAUGGCAACUUUGCAGAAGAUCCAUCUCCCGUCUCUCCCACCAGUCCGCAAAGGAGUAACACUCAUUUGCAACCACAAGAUCCAUUCGCCGAUCAUGCCCGGUGA